ACAACUGACAGCUGGAGAAAAGCAAAAUAUGGCGAAUAAAAAUAAUAGAAAUUAGAGUGGAAAGGGCUAGUUGGGCAGGAAAUAUUACAAUGCAACACAAUCUAAAUCGAAUAUUAUUAAUAGGCAAGCAACUACUUUCCACAAACUGCUUUAUGUAAAAGUUGUCAACAUCGCAGCUGUUAGAAGUGCUCAAACAAUGGCAAAGUUUGCAGACUACUUCGUUAUUUGUGGCUUGGAUUAUAAUUCCGGAUUAGAGCCAGAUAAAUAUUCAGAUAACUUACAUGUUUCUCCUCUGGAGCGGGCCUACAAAUGUAAGGUGUUGGCUCAUUAUCCAGAAAACAACAAAAUCAACCCGUUUGAUGAGUCUGCAGUCUCUAUGCUUGCCCUGCCCAGUGGAUUAAGAUUCAGAACCCAAAAACACUCAGUCACCCAGUCGCCUAAUUUCCACUCUUUUCUCAUCACGCGGGAGGAUGGAAAGAGGUGCUAUGGGUUCAGUUUGAUAUUUUACGAAGAAGUUAAAAAUCGGGAUAUCUGCACCGCUAUGCAAACUUUGCAGGCAAUGUACAUAACAGAACUUUCAAGCGGCGUGAAAACCCGACCAGUGCAACAAGUGCAGAAUCAAGGACCUCAGUCCAGGUCUUUGCCUAGACAUUUCAAGCUGAAUUCCCAAAAUCCAAAUGGGACAGUUCUCACCUACUACGACAUCAUUAAGGAUAAGUUGUUCGUGUCGAAGAGUAUCGGAAUCAUAUGCCAAGCAGCUUAUGUGCAAGCCGCCAAGAUAUUUCUAGAAAAUCUUUACAGAUGUGCCCCAAGAAAAUCCUCCUCUAUCCAUGGACUCAGCUUAGAAAGUUACGUUUUUAAUCUGCUUCAUGAAAUUGAGUUGCCUGCUCCAGGAAAAAGCCUUAUUGUUCAUUUACCGCCCUCUGAUCCUCAUCUACCUCUGGCCAACACUAUUCUACAAAACCCAGCGCCGCCCAUUGAGCUGCCCCAUCUGGACUACUACUUAAGGCUCAUGUUCACAUGGCUGGGGGUGGACAUUGUUGUGCAACUAUUCACUUGUUUGCUGCUGGAAAAUCAAAUAAUCCUCAGGAGUUCAGAUCCCCAAAAGCUAAUGGUGGUCGCUGAAGGUAUGACGGCGCUUUUAUUCCCGUUCUCCUGGCCUCAUGUUUACGUGCCAAUUUUACCCGCCGAGUUGCACCAUUUCUUGGACGCACCAGUGCCGUUUUUAAUGGGCUUGUAUGCUUCGUCGGAGAACAUUAAAGUCGCAUCCGAAGCUACGCUGUGUUACGUAGACAUCGACAAGUGCAAAGUGCAGCUGCCGGAAGAAUUGCCCAUAUUUCCCCACUUGGAAACGUUUGUGGCGGAAAUCUGGUCCCUUCUAGAUAAGUACGGGGUUCAUGUGCCAAACUCAGAAAGCAUCAGAAACAUUUGGGAUACUCCCCCGAGAAGCUGCACCUUACCAGGUAGACCUCAAAGCCAAAGAAAACUCUCCAUACAUAAUGCCCUAGACUGUGAUAGACCGCCCUCGCCUCCAGGCUCUGCCCGCUCUGAGGCCCUGCAGAGAAUAGCCGACAUUGUGAGGCGAACUGGGGUGGCUCUGGAUAAAAACGAGGCUCAACAACCCUCGGAUUCCUACCUGGACGAUAUGAGAUUCAAUAACGCCGUCAGGGAAACUUUCCUCAAUCGAUUUGUACAUAUCUUCCAGUCCUAUGAAAAUUUUGUGAUAUUUCCAACUAACCAUAACAAGGAAGAUUGGUUCAACAACCGCGACGAAAUGCAAAACUUCGACAAGGCCUCCUUUCUCUCCGACCAACCGGAGCACGAUCGGCUUUUUCUGUGGCGCUUUUUGGAGUCCCAGAUGUUUGCAACGUUGAUCGACACUAAAAUACUCUCCCAGUGGGGCGAACGCGACAACAACCUCUUGAUAUUCGACAACAGAAUAAAGCUCCUGAAACAGCGCUAUGGAGGCGAAAACCUGCUAAGAUCCAUCGCUUAUGAACCGUGUACAAUCGUUCACGAAACUCAGAAGCUCCUGGAGCGUCGGCUGCAGAAUCCUGAGUUUGAAUCGCCGGCCCCCAGAGAAGUUUUGAACUCUAAACCGACCGUGAGCAGGAAAUUCCCGCUGCUGAACGCGGAUGUUUUAAACAAAACCCCUGUAGUGAGCAAAGGAAGCAUUCCAAGAGCCCGGGAAUUGCGGAAAGGUUACACCUUCGGGAAGCCUCCAAUUCCUUCCAAUGAAAAGACAGCAAAAUCACAGAACAAUCAAGACAUGUCGCCAGCGCUUCUAGCGCAAGCUAACUGGACUUUUGUGGAGAAACUACUAGGGGACUGUAAAGCUAAAACAAAGCGAAUGCUACUUGCCAAACUCGGAGCUGAAGGUGUGACCCUCUCAAGUAAUCCUUCUUCUGAUAGUUUCGGAGCAGUGGAGGAAAACACUUUGGUAGCGGCGCUAUGCGAUUUUCUUGAGCGUGUUUGGUCGCAUGGGUUGCAGCGCAAACGAGGCAAAUCCGCUUUGUGGACACAUUUGCUGGCUUACCAGGAAAAGUAUCAGGAUUUAAACAAGAAGGAUAAUAAUUACUUGAAUGCUGAUGUAUCCCGUUUGACCACGAGCUUGGAAAGUUGGCAAAGCCCAGGCAACAAAGGCGAGCUUCCAGAUUUGCCUACCACCAUUUUUUUCGAUAUAGCCAAAGUGCUGGCAAUGCUGGACGUGAAGACUGGCAUAGGAUUUGCUAGGGCUUGGGUGCGUUUAGCGCUAGAGAAGAAGCUGCUUUCCAGACAUUUGCGCACCCUCCUCUUAGAUCUCAGCCUUUUAAAAGAGCUGUACAAGCGAUCGGCGUUUGUGCGCUGCGAAGAGGAAAAGGAGCAGUUUCUCUAUCAUCUGCUGUCGCUCAACGCAGUGGAUUAUUUCUGCUUUACCAGCACCUACCCAACGACUGUGAUACCCUAUUCGAUUGUAAUAGUGCCCAACAAAAAGGGGGCGUAUACAUCUGCCAACGUUUGGGUGGUUCUCUCUGGGACUUUAUCAGAAACCCAGAGAAUCGCCGUGCCCAAGAACACCUACAGCUUCGAGUGCAAAAAUAGGAACCUGGGGGUUUUGACCACUUUGAGGAUUGGUCACGAUAAUUCUGGCCUGUAUUCGAAAUGGAUGGUGGAUUACAUUUUAGUGCGGAAUGAUGUGACUGGUCAUACGUAUAGAUUUACAUGCGGGAGAUGGCUGGGGCGCGGCAUUGACGACGGCUCAACCGAGCGCCUCUUGGUAGGCACUUUAAUGUCUCUGAAAAAGGAGGAUGAAGAAACGAAGCAAACGGGCAGUCUGGGCAGGAGUACACCCAGAUCCAGAUCACCAGCGCCGUCGCCCAGACCCGAGAUGAAACCUUCAGAGCUGCAGUACAUGUUGGGAGAUUGUGUUAACAAUAUAGUCAAGUGGAGAUACACGAGAAGUUCCGAAAGACACACGACUCUAACAGCUUUGCUGUGCAGUGAAGAUGGACUGGUCCACUGCCUGGAAAAUGUGUUUCUUUUAGGCUUUAAGUCAGCGAGAAUGUUUGUAGGCAAAAACUAUUUAUGGGACUAUUUUGUUCGCGUGAAGGAUCAGUUCGAGCAAAAUUUGGUCGAUGAGCUUUCAGGCAACAGAACGGCAAGCUUGGAAAGGAACCACCAGGAAACGGUGGCGGUUUGGAGAUGCUACUGUCAUCUCAUUGAUGAAAUCCGACAUACCAGCAAAAAUCUUGGAAAGGAUGGAAAAUUCCAGUUGUUUAUUUGUUUGGGCGUUAGGGAGCAUUUACUACAUAGAAUGUUGACGCCGAUGUCCGUGUGCAAAGUGACUCAGGAAAUGUACGAAGAGAACUCCUUUUUGCGAAAGAGGGGGCUUCUCACGUUUUUGACUCAAAUUUUAAAACCCCUGGAUGAAUUGGACGUCGUUUUAGAAAACUCAGUGACCCACGGUAUAAGUUCUCCUUCUCCUCAUGUGUAAGGGUAAAUGUAAAGAAUCACCGUUCUUCUCUUUGUUCGAGGUGUUUUGUGUGAAAUUAGAUCUCGAUAAAUCGUCGUUAAUGGAAGUUGCUCCAGAUUAAAGUUAUCAUUUGUAAAUGCAGAAAAUCGGUAUUAAUCUGGAGCCAUGACUUUGAAGAUUUUAUAGAAAUUUCUAGAUGUUACAUUGUGAUGAGUUUGCCCUGUAGAUACUCUAUCUAGUCUCCUUGUCGAAAAUUCUGAUAUUAUUAAGUUAGGGAUAUAAAAUGGAUAUUUUUUUUAAUUCUAUGUAUGUAUAUUCUGUAUAUAGGGAGUAUAUUUCUUUUCAUGCCCUUCCGAAGUUGUUUAGGUUGUGUUUUGGUCAAGUUGAACAUGGCAGAUUUUAGUCGAACAUUUGGUAAUGGGCAAAUGUACCGAAACGUUUUGAGACAAGGUGAGAGUAAACUAAUCGAGAUCUGUAAGAAACCCAACACGUUGUGAUGCUAAAGCUUGCCAUGCAAUCCCGCAUACCAUUCAGUAGUACAAAUUUCUUUAUAUUUAUUGAUUUCCGUUGUUUUGAGAUUAGUAUGUAAUUUAGAUCUUGCCAAAGCUUUAUUUUUCUUUGAAGUUGAUAUUGUAUUAAUUUAUUUGUUUUGUUGGGUACCAAGUGAUAAAAAGUCAAAUUGCUAAGGAAGUUCAACAGUACACAAAAUGACUAUUAAUCUUUGUAUCCAACAAGACUUCAUUUACAAAUUUCCCACAAUUACUGUUAAUCUGUAGGUGAAAACUUGAUAUACAAUUUGUGCUGUUCCAUAUAUUUGUACUCGUUUAGAGAAUAAAAAAUUUGAAACUUG